AUGAACCCUGUGGAACAUAACGCGACGCCCCAGCCUUCUACGAGAGCUUUGGAUGACAAUGCACCCCGGCCUCCACCUCAUAUCCGCGCAACGGGGGAGCCUCUAGAAGUCAUCACGUAUUGUCCAGAAACGAGGGCAGUGGACUAUUCGCUUUAUUGGUACUGUUUGCCAGACUUGCCAGACUUAUUGAUCUGCACUAGAUGUCACGCUGAUCACAUUCAACCUACACAACUGGCAAGCAAAUUUGAGAGGAUUAAACGGCCAGACAACUUUAACUCCAUGUGCUGUUUCUGGUUCCCUAGAGUCAAAGAGUUCAUUUGGCCCCAGGCUCUUCGCACCGGCAAUCUGGAUGCACUGCGUGAAUUCUUGAAAAAGCGCCUCAAUGUGAAGGCAUGCAAAGGACGCAACCCCACCGCAGCCUCCGAUGGAAUUAAAUGGUUCGGUAUGACGGGCAGUGAGAUUAACGGAUUCAUCUCGUGUGAGGCUUGCUACGAAGACCGGAUAGCGGGGACGCCAUUCGAGACCAGAUUCUCCCCAUAUCGUGAACAGCCAACCGGCGAGAAUUGGUCUUGUGACGUCUGCGUGCCAUUCAUCUCUCGAGUGGUUGUCAAGAAGGCUAAAGAGAAUGACUGGGCCGGUUUUGUUAGUUUGGCGACUCAUCGCAUCUCCUUGCCAAAAUGCGAGGGAAAGGAUAUACAGUCAAACGACUGCACUUGGUACAUGCCGCGGCGCAAGAUUGAGAAUAUGCGAGCUUGUGAAGCUUGUUAUCUGGACCGAGUUGGCUUCACACGGUUUGAGAAUGAGUUUGAGAAGUAUGUCAUGGCCUCAGGUUUCGAUGCAUACUUCGAACACAUGACCCAAUUCUGGUCUUGCAAAUUAACUGAAACCAACCUUCCCCUGGUAUGGGCCAUGGAGAAUGCCAUUGAGCAACGCAACUGGUCUGUAUUCAGCAGCUCGGCGGAGGUCGCUUGCCGUCUCCCGCCUUGCACAAAACACGGAAUUAUUCGCGGCAAUUGGUGGACAAUCCAAGGAAGAUGCGACAACUAUGAUGUGUGCGAAACAUGCUAUACAUCUAUCCUGAGAACUAGCGGAGUUGCUCAAUUCUUCGAGCCCGCGCAGCGAAAUCCCGAGUCAACUCUUGUUUGCGACUUUUGUGUUGCCAGUCCUCGAUUCCGGCAAUACCUCAGGAAAUAUGCUCAAGCUGUAGACCUAGGAGUUUUUAGUUACUUCCUAGACUAUGUUCGGACAUUUGCCUCGAUUCCCGUUUGUCCCGGCCUAGAAGUCGUCGAGAAGGGACAUUGGUGGGGGUAUCCGAAUGCCUUGUUCUGCGAAGAUUGCUAUCUGAGCUUCGUCGCCGACACAAAACUUGGUGAUUCCGUGGUUUUCAAGAAAGCAUAUGAUGAGCGUGCCCAGAUCUGCCAGAUUUGGUCGUCUCGUAUGCGCACAAUGUGGUUGAAAGUAUGCGAUGCUGGCCCACCCGGAUCCCCCGAGUCGAAAGAGGCAUUGGCGGAAUUCACAGAAUUCGGAAGCAAGCGGUUGAAGAUAUACACUCAAACCGUGCCUCAGAUGAAGUUUAUCCGCGAGAUGAAGCAAAUGAAAAUGCAGAACGCAAUGCACCAGGGCCUUCUGAGUGUCAUGUAUAACGGUAUGGAUGGAUUGUUAUCGGUAUCCGGUGCCACGGAUGGACACCUUCACGGAAACAGUCAGGUGGGCUGGUAUGACACUGAACAGGGAGCGCAGGGAGCGCAAAUGUUCAAUAACAUGCAAUCUGGUUUUGCUAAUGCAAAUCGGAUGGACGAAUGGAUGCAAAUGUUCCAGCUCGAGAUGAUCUGGAAGGAGGUUGAGUAG